CCUUACACUGCUGUCAGAUCAACAGAUAUAUUUUUGUGUUUGAAGCAACAGCCUCGCUCUAUUUCGCAGUGAAGCAGUGAAACAUUCCUUCGACCAUCUACGUCCACGACUCCAAGCCAAAGUCCAGGUCGAGGUCUCACCAUGUCCAUCGACCCUGCGGCCGAGCUGCCUUUCUUCUACGGCAGCAUCAGUCGCUCGGAGGCCGAGCAGCAUCUGAAGCUGGCUGGGAUGGCUGAUGGCCUCUUCUUGCUCCGACAGUGUCUCCGCAGUCUGGGCGGCUACGUCCUCUCGAUUGUGUCGAAUCUGGAGUUCCACCACUACUCCAUAGAGAAACAGCUUAACGGGACUUACUGCAUCACAGGAGGGAAGCCUCACUGUGGGCCUGCAGAGCUCUGUGAGUUUUACAGCAAGGACUCCGAUGGGCUGGUGUGCACCCUGAAGAAACCCUGUCUGCGCUCCCCGGAUACACCGAUACAGCCCGGCGUGUUCGACAGCCUGAGAGAAAACAUGCUAAGGGAGUACGUGAAGCAGACGUGGAACCUGGAGGGAGAAGCCAUGGAGCAGGCCAUCAUCAGUCAAGCCCCUCAGCUCGAGAAGCUGAUCGCCACUACAGCCCACGAGAAGAUGCCUUGGUAUCACGGUAAAGUCGGCCGCAACGAAGGCGAGAGGCGGCUUUACUCUGGAGCACAACCAGACGGCAAGUUUCUAGUGAGAGACAGAGAGGAGUCUGGUACCUUUGCUCUCUCCAUGAUGUACGGGAAAACAGUUUACCACUAUCAGAUUCUCCAAGACAAGUCAGGGAAAUACUCCAUGCCAGAGGGAACAAAGUUUGACACAAUCUGGCAGCUGGUUGAGUACCUGAAGAUGAAACCUGACGGCCUGAUGACGGUUCUCGGGGAGGCGUGCCUUAACGGCAGAGCUGUCGAAAAGACACCCAGUCUUCCUGCAACAGUGAGUACUGGCCACAUCUUGACCUUUUUAAGUCAGCAAAUAUUUCAUUGUCUGAGAUUCAUUUUACUGUCACUCUUUCAGAGGCGGACUGGCGCAAAUGGAUACACACCGCCACCUCGAGCUGUCCCAGCGGCCUCCACCCCAGUUGCCGCCGUGCCCGCGGAGCGGGAAGUUCUGCCCAUGGACUGCAGUGGGUUCAACCCGUACCACAACCCGAACGACGUGAGGAGAUUUAACAUCCAAAGGAGUCAGCUGCUGAUGGACGAGGUGGAGCUCGGCUCUGGGAACUUUGGCAGUGUCAAGAAGGGAGUCCUCAAAACUGACUCGGGUCAGAUAGACGUGGCCAUUAAAGUGCUGAAGAGUGAGAAUGAGAAGCUGGUGAAGGAGGAGAUGAUGAGGGAGGCAGAGAUCAUGCACCAGCUGAGCAACCCCUUCAUAGUCCGAAUGCUUGGCCUCUGCAACGCUGAGAAUCUGAUGCUGGUCAUGGAGAUGGCCUCUGCUGGACCUCUCAACAAAUUCCUCAACAGCAAUAAGGAUACUGUCACUGCGGAGAACAUUGUCAACCUGAUGCACCAGGUGUCGAUGGGGAUGAAAUAUCUGGAGGAGAAGAACUUUGUGCACAGAGAUUUAGCGGCUCGUAACGUCCUGCUGGUCAACCAACAGUUCGCCAAAAUCAGUGAUUUUGGGCUCUCCAAGGCCUUGGGAGAAGAUGACAACUACUACAAGGCUCGUACAGCAGGUAAAUGGCCACUAAAGUGGUACGCUCCAGAAUGUAUAAUCUUCCACAAAUUCUCCAGUAAAAGUGAUGUUUGGAGUUUUGGCAUCACCAUGUGGGAGGCCUUUUCCUACGGAGGGAAACCUUAUAAGAAAAUGAAAGGACCGGAGGUGAUUCGCUUCAUUGAAAGCGGGAGCCGUAUGGACUGUCCAGCAGCAUGUCCAGAGCGAAUGUAUGAACUGAUGAAAGAGUGCUGGACAUACAAACAUGAGGAGCGUCCAGACUUCAAGAAGGUUGAGGAGUCCAUGAGGUUUUACCAUUACUCCCUAUCAAACAAGGUCAAGCCUGAGGGAGCUGCAGCCGAUGCUGAGCCUGACAAGUAGACAGAAACAAGGCACAUUCUGUCCCAGUGCUGCACAAAGCAUCCUUUCAACUGGCCAUUAAACUUCCAAAACAAAGAGCUUUUUAUGAAGAGUGCACACUGACCAGCUUUAACUACAGCACCGAUACAGCCUAAAAGGCCUCAGUGACAAUAAAUGUGGAUUUAUAAAUUGAACUUCAGUGUGUCAGCAAUGUGAGGAGGAUUUCUGUCUGUCUGUCGUGGUUUGAAUGUCAAGUGUCAACAUCCUCACAUUAAUGAAGAAACUUAUUUUAUAUUCGGGUGUUUUGUAGUAUAAUGGGAGUGUCGUUUUUGUUUUGUUUCCUCUGCCAAGGAAGUUAUGUUUUCACCCGUGUCUGUUUGUUGGUUUGUUUGUUUGUUUGUGUGUCAGUAGGAUUACGCAAGAAGUACUGAAACGAUUUUCACUGAACUUGUUGGAGGGAUGGGGCAUAUAGCGGGGAAGCUCCCAUUAAGUUUUUGGGGCAGAUCCAGAUCAUUUACCGUGACUUCUAAUUUUUUUUUCUGAAGUCUGGUGGAUGUUGUUUGACAUGGGUCCCGAUAACAUAUGGGGAACAACCAUAGAUGGAUUAAUGAAAGUGCCUACUGGGCACAGGCCUGGGGGCCUAUGUGGUUAGGGGGCCCCUGGACCAGAGUCUCUAUAUGAGGUGACUGUCAACAUUUCUUGUUGGAAAGUCACUCAAAUGAUUACGAAGAGAGGCGAAACAACAUGGACACAAAAUGACUACAAACACGCACAAAAUAACCACAAAGAGACAAAUGUGCUAAACAGAAAACUGCUAAAUGAAACAAA